AUGUCCAGACAAAAGCUUUUUGCUCCAUGUUUUAAUGCAUCUUUUCCGACAAGUCUCACUGUUGAAGAAGGAAAGAAUGUGAUUCUACCCUGCGUUGUGCAUAAUGUGGAUUUUAAUAAUACUGUGAUGUCAUGGUGGAAGGAGAGAGCUCUACGUGAAAUUGCGGUUGGAGACAAUAUCUCUGACAGACGAUUUUCCAUUGACAAGUCCAUUCGAGGAGGUUGGAGUCUGCGAAUCACGAAUGUCAGCCUUCUUGACAGUGGUGUGUACAUAUGCCAAAUAAAUUCCAAACAACUGCGCGAGAAAUUUAUUUAUCUCAGCGUAACAGGUAAAAAUAUCCAUCAAUUGUUUAUUCCUAACGUAACGAAGGUAUUUCACACAUUCUAG